ACCUCUACUAUUUACCAAGUGGUGCUGGCAGCCGCUUUUACAAUCCAUCCUCCCCAUCCUUUUUAUAUAAUCCUUGCGAUCUCGCACCCCCCCAUCAUCGCCUCUCUUCCUUCCCUCUUCUUCUUCUUCUUCUUCUUCACUAUGACUUCGACUUCUAUCAAUAACAAUCCAACGCCCGCUCAGGAAGAAUUCCAGAGCUUCAUUGACAACAAUACCGACAAAGGAUCCCGUGUACAUCCAGAAGACAGAGACGACCACGACAGCGACCACAGCGAACAGGACGAAGAAGACCGUUAUCGUAACGCUCAGAUCGAAGAAGCCAUGCGUGCCCCCGUUAUCCGAUCUGGUGACAUCACGUUGCCGCCCGCUAGUUUCGACUCGGGACGUGCUACCGGCGUCAAGGGUGUCAUCGCUGAUGCAAGGGCCUAUGAACAGGCGCGCCAGGGCAAAUGGCGGAACAAAGUCAGCGCCGUGCGCCGCUCAGUCAUGGGUUUAUCCAUGACUGAUCGUCCAAACGGUACCAAUGUAUCAAGCCCCGCAGACAGCGAAGACGAUGUAGACUCCGAUGAGGAGGCCUUCUUACAGCAGUGGCGCGAGGCGAGGAGGCUGGAGUUGGAGGCCGAGGCCAAGAGUAAGAAUGUCCGUAGUCGCCGGACGAGUCCCAGUCCUCGCAUGUUCGGCCGCUUUGACACGGUGGAUGCCUUGGGUUACCUUGAUGCCAUCGAGAAAGUUGGCAGGGACACAACUGUCGUCGUAUUUGUUUACGAUCACGAGUGCCAAGUAUCAGGAAUGAUGGAAUCAGCCCUGCGCCCUCUCGUCUCCGCCUAUCCUUACAUCCACUUUGUGAAGGUGCACUAUGAGGACAUCGAAUUUGACAACGCCGCCGUCCCCACCAUCCUUGGCUAUCGAAACCAGGGAGACCUGUUCGCCAACCUCACGGGAAUAAUUGACAUGAUUCCCGAGGAUGAAGACUUUGAUACCGAUUCACUCAAGAAGGUGCUGCAACGCAGCGCUGUCUUAUAAGAUGGAUCCCCUCAAACCAUGCGCCUGGCCUGAGAACUACCCAGGCACUCUUUCGCCGUGCCGACUCAGACACCCUACGUCACCAGCCUA